AUGUUAGGAAAAAGCAGCGACCCAUUACAAGAAGUGCUAUCGCAAAGGAACACUGGAUCACUCUACAGAAUGGCCCAGAGCCGCAGUAACUUCUUUAAAACACAGAAGUUCGACUAUGAAUACUUCGGACUGUCGUUCAUUCAGAGAAUUAUGGCGUUUGUUAUCUGCGCUGUGGUUGGUCUUCUUCUGUUCUUCACGUCACUCUACCGAGUUAUGUUUAUUGCCAUCAAUCCUACUGGCUUUGUGGCUCCCUAUGUACUCUCAAACAUUCUCUUCUUCAAUAUGUUUGGCUUCCUUUCUGGAUUCAAAACAUAUUUCAGUAGACUGUUCAGCAAGGAGAAAAAAGGAUUUACGAUUGCUUUUAUUGCUGUGACAGCUGUCACGAUGUAUUCAGCAUUUAUAUUGAAAAGAUCCUUGUAUGUCUUCUGCUUUGGAAUAGUCCAGAUAUUUACAUUUGUUAUGUUUCUGGCUACCUUUGUUCCAGGUGGGACAGCCGGCCUUACUAGCCUGCUAAACAUGGCAAUCAAGGGCUGA